GCUGUAGUUUUUUCCUUCCACUCAUAUCGAGUGACACAAAAAAACACAAGCCUAUCUGGGCCGAGCUGCUUGACUCUCUGAUGUUUGGGAGCAGAUCUGAGCAGCUGAGCAGGGUGGCGGUUCCUUUCCUGGAUUAGGGCUGAGUCUGUGGGAACCAGACCACCCCUGAGACAGGAGGCGGCCCUCAUGCCUCCCCAGGGCCUGGGCCUGCAGCGAAGCCCCUUCGUCCUGGCGAAGUGUGGCCCGGGGCUCACAUCUUCCCCACCCCUCAUGCCUUCUUCCCUGCAGGUGAACUUCCACAGCCCCCGGAGUAGCCAGAGGUGCUGGGCUGCACGGACCCAGGUGGAGAAGCGGCUGGUGGUGCUGGUGGCACUUCUGGCGGCAGGACUGGUGGCCUGCUUGGCAGCACUGGGCAUCCAGUACCAGACAAGAUCCCCCUCUGUGUGCCUGAGCGAAGCCUGUGUCUCAGUGACCAGCUCCAUCUUGAGCUCCAUGGACCCCACGGUGGACCCCUGCCAGGACUUCUUCAGCUACGCCUGUGGGGGCUGGAUCAAGGCCAACCCAGUCCCUGAUGGCCAUUCACGCUGGGGGACCUUCAGCAACCUCUGGGAACACAACCAGGCGAUCAUCAAGCACCUCCUCGAAAACUCCACGGCCAGCGUGAGCGAGGCAGAGAGAAAGGCACAAGUGUACUACCGUGCGUGCAUGAACGAGACCACGAUCGAGGAGCUCAGGGCCAAACCUCUAAUGGAGCUGAUUGAGAGGCUCGGGGGCUGGAACAUCACAGGUCCCUGGGCCAAGGACAACUUCCAGGAUACCCUGCAGGUGGUCACCGCCCACUACCGCACCUCGCCCUUCUUCUCUGUCUACGUCAGUGCCGACUCCAAGAACUCCAACAGCAAUGUGAUCCAGGUGGACCAGUCCGGCCUGGGCUUGCCCUCGAGAGACUAUUACCUGAACAAAACUGAAAACGAGAAGGUGCUGACUGGAUACCUGAACUACAUGGUCCAGCUGGGGAAGCUGCUGGGCGGGGGCGACGAGGAUGCCAUCCGGCCCCAGAUGCAGCAGAUCCUGGACUUCGAGACGGCACUGGCCAACAUCACCAUCCCACAGGAGAAGCGCCGAGACGAGGAGCUCAUCUACCACAAAGUGACAGCGGCCGAGCUACAGACCUUGGCACCCGCCAUCAACUGGUUGCCUUUUCUCAACACCAUCUUCUACCCUGUGGAGAUCAAUGAAUCCGAGCCUAUUGUGGUCUAUGACAAAGAAUACCUUGAGCAGGUCUCCACACUCAUCAACAAUACCGACAAAUGCCUGCUCAACAACUACAUGAUAUGGAACCUGGUGCGGAAAACCAGCUCCUUCCUCGACCAGCGCUUUCAGGAUGCCGAUGAGAAGUUCAUGGAAGUCAUGUAUGGCACCAAGAAGACCUGUCUUCCUCGCUGGAAGUUUUGCGUGAGUGACACAGAAAACAACCUGGGCUUUGCGUUGGGCCCCAUGUUCGUCAAAGCGACCUUUGCCGAGGACAGCAAGAGCAUAGCCACUGAGAUUAUCCUGGAGAUCAAGAAGGCAUUUGAGGAAAGCCUGAGCACCCUGAAGUGGAUGGAUGAGGAAACCAGAAAAUCAGCCAAGGAAAAGGCAGAUGCCAUCUACAACAUGAUAGGUUACCCCAACUUCAUCAUGGACCCCAAGGAGCUGGACAAAGUGUUCAAUGAUUACACCGCAGUUCCAGACCUCUAUUUUGAGAACGCCAUGCGGUUUUUCAACUUCUCAUGGAGGGUCACUGCCGACCAGCUCAGGAAAGCCCCCAACAGAGAUCAGUGGAGCAUGACCCCGCCCAUGGUGAACGCCUACUACUCGCCCACCAAGAAUGAGAUUGUGUUUCCAGCCGGGAUCCUGCAGGCACCAUUCUACACCCGCUCCUCACCCAAGGCCUUAAACUUUGGUGGCAUCGGUGUCGUCGUGGGCCACGAGCUGACUCAUGCUUUUGAUGAUCAAGGACGGGAGUAUGACAAGGACGGGAACCUCCGGCCGUGGUGGAAGAACUCAUCAGUGGAGGCCUUCAAGCGUCAGACCGAGUGCAUGGUGGAGCAAUACAGCAACUACAGUGUGAACGGGGAGCCGGUGAACGGGCGGCACACCCUGGGGGAGAACAUCGCCGACAACGGGGGCCUCAAGGCGGCCUAUCGGGCCUACCAGAACUGGGUGAAGAAGAACGGGGCUGAGCAGACGCUGCCCACCCUGGGCCUCACCAAUAACCAGCUCUUCUUCCUGGGCUUUGCACAGGUCUGGUGCUCCGUCCGCACACCCGAGAGCUCCCACGAAGGCCUCAUCACCGAUCCCCACAGCCCCUCUCGCUUUCGGGUCAUCGGCUCCCUCUCCAAUUCCAAGGAGUUCUCAGAACACUUCCGCUGCCCAGCUGGCUCACCCAUGAACCCUCCUCACAAAUGCGAAGUCUGGUAAGGAUGAAGCGGAGACAGCCAAGAUGGAGGGGCUGAGGAUGAGCCCCCCGUCCAGCCUCCAGGGCAUUACUCAGCCCGCUUGGCCACCCAGGGCCCCGCUUCCCCGCACUGGAGGGUUUUCAGCCAGAAUGGAGCCCGUAGUGUUGGCUCUCAACAUGACCCUUGAUCUGAUCCCCUUUGAAGACAUGGACAUCCCAGGCACACACGUGCGCCACCUUCAGCGGGCAUUCGGGUGUCAGGCUGGUGGCUUAUCAGGCCUGGGCCCCAUGCUAACAAGCGCCAGAUACACCACAAAUACCACUGUGUCAAAUGCUUUCAAGAUAUAUUUUUGGGGAAACUAUUUUUUAAACAUUGCGGAAUACACUGGAAAUCUUCAGGGAAAAAUGCAUUUAAAACACUUUUUUUUUAAAGGAAAGAAUUGGUAUAUUUA